CGAUAACUCUGCAGCUGUAGGCGUGAAAUAAUUAUUAUUUUAUUAUAAACAAUUUUUAUCGAAACGUGAAAGAAGCCGGACGUGCGCACGGUACUAUGCGAAGUGCAGAUACCAAAUAAAUUUCAAAGAAAUACAAAAACAACGCCUGUUGAAGCAAACUCAGCAAGGCAAUUAACCAAGCAGGGAAGUGAAAACAUAACCGCACGAUCUCUCCGAAAUUUUUUGGGCGCGUUUGAGUAUCGGUGAACGGAGUUUGGAGUGAAAAAAAUGGGAAAUUUCGACGGCGAUUCUGGAACGGUUUUCGAGCAGAGCUACGCGACAACAAAUGGAAACGGAAAGGCGGCGAAUGGCAACGGGGCGGUCAAUUUUAGCCCUCCGGAAAAGCAGGAACUCCUCAGCCAGCGGAAAUUCUCGGCACCCGCAUACACUGAAAUUCGCACGCGACGCUGCCAUUCGAAACCCCCCAGCGAUGCCAAGAGUCCCAGUGUGACUAACUAUCAUCCGGAGAAGAAGUUGCUCCAAAAUGGUCAUGCUGCAUCCGUUGCUAGGAGUCACGAGGAUUCGGAAUCGAAGCCCAACCAGGCGGAGGGCAAACUCUCGCCGGAGCUCGAGCACUUCCAGAAGACCUCCUUCGAGGAGGUGCCUCUCCACACGGCCUGCCUCACGUACCUGGGAUUCUACUUGCUGAUGAUCCUCGGCUACAUCAACCAGCUGCUCUUCGUGCCCAAAGUGGCCACCGAGAAGGGUCGCGAGGGCUAUGUGACCCUGUACGAUGCCUUCGAGAGCUUCUACUCGCGCUACGUUUACCGGAGGAUCAAGGAUUGCUGGAACCGCCCCAUUUGCAGUGUCCCUGGAGAGGAGGUGACGCUCAAGGAUCGGGUGACCGAUGACUACGGAUGGAGCUUUAAGUUCACGGGAACGGAGACGCGCUGCUUGAAUCUGGGAUCCUAUAACUAUUUGGGAUUCGCUGCCGCCACUGGUCCAUGUGCCGAUGAGUCGGAGGAAAGUGCCCGAAAGUCUGGAUUGGCCUUCUGCAGUUCUCGCUGUGAGUUGGGCGACAAUGAGCAGCUGCGGGAGCUGGAAGCCCUCACUGCCAGAUACUUGGGCGUCGAGGAUGCCAUUGUCUUUGGCAUGGGCUUCGCCACGAAUGCCUUGAACCUUCCCUCGCUUCUGGGACCCAAUAGUCUGGUGAUCAGUGACGAGAAGAACCAUGCCUCCAUCAUCCUGGGACUGCGUUUAUCUGGAGCCACCACCAAGGUCUUCAAGCACAACAACAUGCGGGAUUUGGAGCGAGUUCUUCGCCAGGGAGUUGUCUAUGGAAAUCCCAAGAAGGGCGGCCAGCCGUGGGACAAAGUAUUGAUUCUGGUCGAGGGCAUCUUCAGCAUGGAAGGUUCCAUCGUUCGUUUGCCCGAAUUGAUUGAGCUGAAAAAGAAGUACAAGGCAUACUUGUAUCUGGAUGAAGCUCACAGCAUUGGAGCGAUGGGUUCUCAUGGUCGUGGAGUUACGGAUUACUUCAACGUGGAUCCCAAUGAGGUGGACAUUCUGAUGGGCACCUUCACCAAGAGUUUCGGUAGUGCUGGUGGCUAUCUGGCUGGAUCAAAGAAACUGAUUGACUUCCUUCGCACCAACAGUCAUGCUCACUGCUACGCUGCAUCGAUCUCACCGCCCAUUGCUCAGCAGAUUCUGACCUCCAUGAAGACCAUUAUGGGUGUAGAUGGCACCGAUAUCGGCCGCAAGAAGAUCCAUCAGCUAGCCAGGAACACUCGCUACUUCCGUCGACGUCUUGCACAGUUGGGAGUUAUCACCUAUGGUCACGAGGAUUCCCCCGUGGUGCCCAUGUUGGUCUACCUCUUUUCCAAAAUUGGCGCUGUGGUUCGCACCUUGACGACACGACACAUUGCCGCCGUGGGUGCCGGAUUCCCGGCCACGCCCAUUAUGGAAGGACGCAUCCGUUUCUGCCUUUCCGCCGCCCACACCAAGGAGCAGCUGGACUUUGCCUUGGAGGCGAUAGACGAAAUCGCCGAUGAUCUCGGUUUGAAGUAUUCACGCAAGCCCCGUGAUCCGAAUCCCGUCAUAUAUUAGAAGCAUAUGCACACAAAUAGCAGUUAAGCUUGGGGUAAAGAAAGUCUCCCCGAUCGGUAGACCAAAACUAAAACACAGUCCAUAAAUUGCUAGAGAUCAAUCACGAACGUUUGGUUACGUUGACCAAGUAUGAGUUGCAGUUAAGCUAAGUACUUUACAGUUUUUUUCUCUGUUGCUGUUGCUGAAGUUUCCUUCCUUUUAAUUUAUAUUCCCAGAGAAUAAUUUAUGACUAAAUACCUUGGAAUAUAAAUCAAUCGGAAGGAAUAUUUAACAGCUGCUACCAAAACAAAACAGAACAGUAAAUAGCUUAAGCAAUAAAAUAUUAUUAAUUAUUUAGCAUUUACCUCUACAUAGUUGUUAUUGUAAUUGUAAACUCCAAACGUCUUCUUGAGUCGGCUGCAGCAUUUGAAGUACUUGUGUGAAAAUGACAGCGAAAUGUAUUAGGAAGAUCAGGUUUUGGUUACAUUCAGAGCUAAGCUAAGGGAAAGCCCCUUUUUCGUGGGACAGUCGAGCACCUCGCUUCUACCAAUUAAGCCAUUAAAGCUAAGCCAAAAGAAACGUCUACGGCGUCAGCGAUUUAAUUGUACAACAUGUUGCAUGUUGCACAGCCUUCUAGGGUCCAAAAUCUGGGCCGAAAUUAAAGGCAAUGUCAGGAACGUAUCUAUGUAUAAUGAUUAUGUAUUAAUGAUUUUAUUUUUCUAUCAACAAAUAAAUAACUGUUGCUUUAUCUAUUGAACUAA